AUGGAGGACGCCUACCUUGUGCCGGCGAUUUUGUGGCUCGUGCAAACCAUCCUCGGCACCAUCGGGAUCUGCGAGCUGGAUUCGUGGAUCCGCCAAGCCAGGCUUCACGAUGACAUCCAGAACCUCAAGUCCGAGCUCGAGGUAGUCCAGGCAGUGGCCACCGAUGCGAAGGGGAUGGCACUCCAGAGUGCGCGGCUGGCUAGAUCUCUCGCCGAUCUCAAAAGGUUUCUGUACGAUGCCGACGACCUGGUCGACGAGCUCGACUACUGGAGGCUCCGGCACCAAGUCGAAGGAGUUACUUUGCAGGAGCCUGAUGGCAUGCAUGAAGCAGCACGAGUAGAUCAUGGCACAUCCAGAGGCGAUGAUAAUAUUCUGCUAACAAGCAGUCGUGGCAAAAAACGGUCCAAGGCAUGGGAUGAUUUUGUCGACAUAAAAGAUGGUAAUGGAAAGACCGUGCAGGCAGAAUGUAGACACUGUAAAAAGAGAGUUCAAUACAAAGGUGCACAAGGGCCAAGGGUGUUGACAACUCAUGUCAAUAGUACCUACUGCAAGAAUAUGCGAGAAGCACGUCCCCAGCUGCAAAGCCAUCCAAGCAUAAAUGAAGCUGCUGAAAAUGCUACUCCCGUUGCUGCCGGUAAUUCAUCCAACAGACCGAGGAUGGUAACGAAUCAAGAGCCAACAGAAAUCACCACAGCUAUUGCUCACCCUUGGGAUAAGGACGAAUUUUCGAGUAGGAUACAAAAAACAACUCAUCAGUUGAAAGGCAUCCGAGGGGAUGUGACGAAGGAUCUCAACAUGCCUGGGUCACACUCUGGUGCAAGUUCAGGUCACCAUCAAAGUACAACAGCCUCAGGUGCACGCCAAAGAACAUCAAGCCUUCUUCAAGGCAAAUUUUAUGGGAGAGUCGAAGAGAAGAACUCCAUCAUAAACCAGAUCACAGCUGGCAAAUCUGACAGUGUAGCUAUUCUGCCUAUUGUAGGCAUUGGGGGGACCGGGAAGACAGCGCUCGCACAAUUUGUAUAUAAUGAUCCGAAAGUGCAAAACCAAUUUGACCACAGCACAUGGGUCUGGGUGUCUAACAGCUUUGAUGAAAUGAGAAUCACAAGAGAGAUGUUAGAUAUUGUCCCUCGAGAAAAGCACGAAGGGUUAUGCAGCCUUGACAGACUUCAGCUGGUCUUGAAAACUCAUAUUGAAUCAAAAAGGGUUCUGGUUAUUUUAGAUGAUGUCUGGGAUGACAUGAAUGAUUGCAGAUUUAACCUAAUACUUGCUCCUUUCAAGUCAAACAAUGCAAAUGGCAGUGUGAUCCUUGUGACAACUAGAUAUCUCUCUGUUGCAAAAAGGAUAGGAACGACUGAAUCAGUUGUGUUACGUGCUCUGGGAGAUGAUGAUUUUUGGUUAUUGUUCAAAGCACAAGCAUUUCGUAAUGAGAACUAUGAAGGGGAUGGAAACCUGACGAGCAUUGGACGGAAAAUAGCAGGCAAGCUAAAAGGCAACCCGUUAGCAGCAGUAGCUGCAGGGGAACUUUUAAGAGUUGAUCUUACUGUUGGUCAUUGGAAUAAAGUUCUGAAGGACGAAGAUGGGAAGUUGCUGGGGCGCAGUGGACGCAUCAUGGCUGCUUUGAAUCUUAGCUAUGAUCAGCUGCCAUACCAUUUACACCAAUGCUUCUCGUAUUGUUCUAUGUUCCCCGACAAUCAUUUUUUUCGUGGUGAAGAGUUGAUCCACAUGUGGAUUUCACAAGGAUUUGUCAAGCAGACCCAUCCAAGUAAGAGAUUAGAGGAGAUAGGAAUGGACUAUCUGGCUGAUUUGGUGAACCUGGGAUAUUUUCAGCGAGUUGGUAGAAGAGAUUUAUAUGUUGUGUGUGGUCUUAUGCAUGAUUUUUCAAGGAUUGUUUCAAGAACUGACUGUGCAAUUAUAGAUGGUCUAGAAUGCACUGAUAUAUUGCCAACUGUACAACAUUUGUCAGUAAAGUGCAAGAAAGAUCAGCAUGGGAACGUGUCUUGGAGUAGCAAGUUUAAAGAAGAUUUGAGAAAAACAGUUAUAUCUGUGAGAAAACUGAGGACGUUACUGUUAAUCGGGCAAUAUGACUGUUCCUUCUUUCAAUCCUUCGAAGACAUAUUCCAGAAGGCACACUAUAUACGUCUGCUGCAAAUAUCAGCAACAUUUCAUGAUUUUAAUUCCCUCGUGCGCAGUUCUGUAAAUCCUACUCAUCUUCGCUAUCUAAAGCUUACAGUCAAUGAGGUGCAGGGAGAUUUGCCUCAGGUUUUGAGCAAUUUUUGCCACCUUCAAGUAUUAGAUGUCGGCUCAAACACUCAUCUUGAUGUAGCUCAUGGAAUGAAUAAUCUUGUCAGUUUGCGGCAUCUUGUUGUAGCUUCCAUAUACAGAAUUGGCAAAUUGACAUCACUUCAGACACUAAGCAAUUUUAGCGUACAAGAUUCUAAUGGCUUUCGGAUUAUAGAACUUCAAUCCAUGAAUGAUCUUGCCCAACUUAUGAUUUCUCAACUUCAAAAUGUUAAAACUCUGGAGGAGGUUUGUGGGGCAGGACUGAGAUACAAACGACACUUAGAAAAGCUGCACUUGUCCUGGAAUAUGUCACAUGUUGAAUCUGACUCGGAUGGCAGCAAUGAAUCUGACUGGGAUGACAGCAAUGAAUCUGCGAAUGUCAUGAGCUCUGAACCUUCUACCAGCAAAGAAACAGAGGAGUGCUUGCCAACAGAGGUACUUGAGGGUCUAAAACCACAUUACAAUCUGAAACAUCUUCAGAUAACAGGGUACAAUGGUGCUAACUCUCCAUCCUGGCUUGCUCGCAAUAUCUCUGUUACCUCUUUACAGACUCUGUAUUUGAAUGGAUGUGGACAAUUGCAGAUACUUCCAUCUUUGAGAGAGCUUCCGUUUCUUGCAAAGUUAAACUUGAGAAACAUGCCAAAACUAGAAGAAGUAUCGGUUCCUUCAUUGGAGAAGUUGGUGUUAGUUAAAAUGCCGAAGUUGGGGAGAUGCUCCUGCGUUUCCUUGAGGGACUUGAACUCUUGUUUAAGGGUUCUAACAAUUAAGGAUUGCCCUGCACUGAAGGUGUUUGAUCUGUUUGGGAACGGCCACAAAUUCAAAAUUGAGCAGAAGUCAUGGUUGCCACGCCUUUGUGAGCUCACUCUAAAGAACUGUCGCCUUUUGGUGGUACCACACCCUUUACCAUCUUCAAGCACUGCUUGUAGUAUUUCCAUGAGCAGAGUCCCGAAAUUUCCAAGAAUAGAGGUGUCCUCCGGCAGAAGUUUAACAAUCGGCGAGGAUUUUGAUGAGUAUGUUUUUGGUGAAGUUCCUUUUGACAGGUUAUCUGAUGAGCUGUUCGUGUUAGAUGGAAAUAUUUUGGCAUUCCAUAAUCUAAGGUUCCUGACACAGUUGAUAAUAGGUUGUUGCCGAAAACUAACGUCUAUUUCACUCAAAGGAUUAAGUCAACUUGAAUCCUUAAAGACACUGAAAAUAAACGCCUGUCCCGGGCUUUCUGGUUUUGAUGCUCCACCAGAGCAUUAUGCCCUCCCAUCACUCGAAUAUCUAGAGAUUGGGUCAUGUAGAAUAGUGUGGGGGUGGCUAUCUCUGAUUCUGCAACAUGCGCCAGCACUAAAGGAAUUGGAUUUACUUUGCUGCCCAAAGUUAGAACAUCUACAGCUGAACUCCUGCACGACACUGCAAAAGUUGAAGGUAAAUACAUGUGAAUCGCUUGGCACACUAGAUGUUUUGCAAUCCCGUUCUCUAAAGGAAUUGGAAGUAGCGGACGUCCCAAAUUUGGAAUCUCUACAGCUGCACUCUUGCACGACACUGGAAGAAUUGGAUAUUGACAGCUGUACAUCACUCUGUACACUAGAGGGCUUUCAAUCCCUUGGCAGCCUCAGGCGUUUGAGUCUACGUGAAUGCUGCAGCCUGCAUUCAUGUUUGGAGGGUUUGCCAGCGCAGGACUGCGAAUUAUGCCCUCAACUAGAAUUUCUUGGAAUCAGUGACUUCUCUUUCCUUGCCACGUCGUUCUGCAGGCAACUCAGAUCACUCCAGCGGCUAGUUAUUUGUGGUUCUGUGGAAGAAACAAAUGCAGCAGGACUAACAGAUGAGCAAGAGACAGGGCUUCUGCUCCUCGGUUCCCUCACAGAGCUCCAAUUUGAGCAUUACAAUUAUCUCAAAGAUCUUCCUGGAGGCCUGCACAGACUUGACUCCCUCCAGGUGUUGGAGAUUUCAUAUUGUCCGAGCAUCUCAGGGUUGCCGGACCUCCCGCCUUCUCUAGAGGAGUUGAGAAUCUUCUACUGCAGUGAGGAGCUGGUAGGUCAAUCCAAAUCACUAGCAUCAAGCAAGUUAAAGGUCAAAAUUAACUGGCAAUAUGUGAACUGAUUACUUGGUGGCUUGUUAAGCACACCUACAC